AGUUCUACUUUAUCACAGCUCGAAUUGGAUUCAAAUCACUGGAAUAAUUGGACAGGUUGUUUUGUAUUGUUCAUGAUGGAUUUGUCAUCAGCUUAUUCAGUUAACGUUAGUGAGGCAGUAGUUGAGCAGUAUCUUUAUACAACUUUUGAUAAAGCCGUUGUUGCCGGUUUCAUGCCUAUUAUCGUAAUUUUUGGAAUCCUUGGAAACACUGCCACUAUUUUAGUUCUGAACAGAGGCCAUCGACUACAUAACACGGUCAACAUUUACUUGAUAAACUUAGCACUAGCGGAUCUUUUAUUUCUUCUGAUAGCCCCAGAUUUGAUUUUCAUCUCUUACCUUCACAAUGCAAUUCACGAUUACUUCGACAUGAAUGUAAACGUUUUCUUCUGUAAAAUGAUCUACUAUUUAUCGGACUCUGCCGUACAAUGUGCAGCAUUUACGAUAGUAUGGAUGUCAUUGGAACGAUAUAUCUCAAUUUGUCGACCGUUGUUAUUUCGACGAUGGGGAUUCGCCUCCAGGAAUCGCGCCAUCAGAAUCUGCAUCAUCAUUUGGCUGCUUGUAUUGACUUUUCAAAGUCGGAAGCUCUUUCUAGUGACGAGCUUCGUGUAUGAAUUUCCCUGGCCUGAUAUGUACAUGGGACUUCCGAAUACGACAAGAAUUUGUACAAAUUGUAACCUGUUUCCCGGUUACGAAGCACAGUGUGACGCGGUAGUAUGGCUGUUAAUCAUAGAAACUACUGUUUCCUUCAUUAUAGUGUUUGUGAUAAUUAUAAUCUAUUCUAUAUUACUGCAAACACUUCGUAAUUCACCUUUUACGGACUCAAAUUCGACCGGUGGACGAUUAAAAUUACGGGCCGAGAAAAAAGUCUUCCAAACACUGUUCAUCACUGUCAGUGUGUAUGUCAUCUGUUUUGCGCCAUUUCUUACCAUAAAUCUUAUAAUUACAUUUUCAGACAUACAAUUUAGAACACUGGUGGGCUUGCUAAAUAUAGCACGUGUACUGGUGUAUACGAAUUCAGCCGUAAAUCCCGUUAUAUACAAUGCAACGAACAAGAUUUAUAGACAAGCCUUUGCCGAGAUGUUUUGUUGUCGAGAACCGGUUCUUCAUCGCAAACUACAGACAUCAAUCAUGACCGAGGAGACACAUCAUUGAAUGUCACGUCUACUGUAAUCUUGCAGCAUUGUUUCAGUGUACCAGUUUCUGGAGGUGAAUUUGUCUUGUGUUAUACAACCAACCGACAACCAUUAGGAAUGGACUGAGAAAAAAAAAACUAAGUGUGUGUGGAGAUAACUAGGUCUACUUUUUUCUCUCCAAAAAGCAUAUUGUCAUAAAUUGCACAUUAGUGGCUUUUUAUUAUUACAUCCACACAACCGAACUGCAAUGUACCGCUCUCACAGGUCAUGUAGGCCUACGUCACAAUGAGCAUGAUUGGACAUAACAUUAUCGUAUGUUGUACGUUAAAACUUGCAACAUUUUUCGUUUUAGAUGAUCGUACGCAGGACGUAUGAACAAACACCAUUAAAGACAUUACAUAGAGGUAUAAACCUCACUAGAAAAUCGCAAGGAAAAUAUUUAAAUAUAUAUUGUUGUUAUAGAUGUACCUUAGAUACAAACCAGUUUCUUGUUUUAAAACUACUGCUAAGUGUACAUCGUAUUUGCGGAGAAUAGCACCGCUACAUGUUUGGCUCUGUCCCUUAAAAUGAUACCGCAAUUGCAGGUCUGUCUAUAUUCUCAGAGCAAUGUAUAAGAUUUAUGUAAAGUGUGAUAGGCCUAUAAUCCAACUUACCUUGGGAUGAAAACCAUGUAAAAUAGUGUUAAUUAUUGUAUAAUUUCCGUUUUCUUUUUUGAUUUGUAAAUUUGUUACAUAUUGGCUUUUUAAACAUAAUAUUAAUACACGUUGAAGUGAUUUGCAAGUAUUACUCAUGACAAAUUUGUUCUUUGCUAAAUGUAAUUAUACACACUAAAUCAAUCGACUGACCCACAGACCGUCAGAUAAACCGACCAACUGCUGACCGAUCGACCGAAUGACUGGCAGAUUGACUGACUUACCGACCGACAGACGAAUGGCCGAUUGUCAGACCGAAUAACUUACCGACCGAAUGACCGACCGCCAGGCCAACCAUCAGACAAACCGAAUGGCCGACAGACCGACUAACUGGCCGACCGACCGACCGACCGAGAGAGAGGCUGACUGACUGACUGACCGAAUGCCAGACCGACCGACCGACCGACCGACCGACAGCGGGCAAAAAGACCAAGCGGUCGGCCAACCGACUUACCGGUCGAUCGAUUAAUUAAUCAAUUGAUUAUUCAGUUGAUCGACCGACCAACUAAACAAUCAACCACAUAAUGACCAAUUGAUCAUCUAUGUUCCAUUAAACAGUCAUUCUCCUACGUUAAGAAGUACCUUACCAAUACAGUUUUUUGUUUUUAGAUAGUACAUAAAAUUGUAAUUUAAUAAGAGAAUUUGGUAAAUAGUACAUUGGAUAUUCAACCUAAUUGGUACCUGGUAUAAUAAUAAUAAUACCUGUAAUAAUAUUUUAUUAAAUAUUAUGUUCACAUGUAUAACCCUUAUUAUAGUUUUGUUUGAUACCCAUUUGAUUUCCAUCAAAUACUACGUACCUUGAAACAUUGUUUUGAGCGAACUAUAUUUUGUUACGUUUUAUUUCAUUAGUUAAAUAUAAUCGUUCUUCUUUUUGUAGUCUAAUAAACAAUGAUUGUUAUGAUAAAAACUUUGACUUACAAUUAAUUUUGUUUUUUUCUUUAUAUUAAUUCACAAAGUGGAGCUACUGUAACUUGGUGAGUAAGACGCUUGCCUGCUAAACCUAGUGUCCACAUGGUUCGAUUCCUGUUAAGAAUGACUAAAACAACUCUACUCCUUAAGUCUAAAGCCCUGUAUGCCCAUAUAUAGUCAUGACGUGCCUAUAUAUGGUCAUAAUGUGAUGUUAUCAUGACCAUAUUUAGGCACAAUGGCGAGUGUACUUACUAUUUAGAAAGAAAAUAUAACAUAAUGUAAAAAAAUUAAUGCAUUUAUAUAUAACAAAACAGAAAUAUUACAAAAAAAGCGAAACAUUGCUUUGAGAUCAAUAUUUACAGUGAGUAACGUCUUAAUGGAAUUAAUAACAUACGACCUCAUGCAAGAAGCUGAACUGCAACAAUUUUGACUAAUCUAUGUGUAACUUAAACUUAUAAAAAAGUGCUGCGCAAUAAACUAAUACCGUAGAUAAUAAAGCUUAGAAAAAGUAAAGCAGAUUUAAUAAUAACUUGCAAUUAAACACGGUGUUUGAUUUUAUUACAGAACAUAGCACUAUCUAUUAAGACGUGUGGAACAAAAUUUACGAAUUCGCUCUAUCGUUGAAAAUUAUUUUGGAAAAUUUAAAGUUAACCGUGUUUGCGAAUUAUGAUGGGCGUAUUGAAAUUCACAUGCUAUUCCCGAAAAUUACAUAAUUUCCAUAUCAGUAGCAGUGUCUUUUUGUCGGUGUUCUCAAUUCAAUUUAAUCAGGAUUUGUAUUCACAUCUGUGAUGGAAAUUGAGCGGAUAGGAUAAUGCACUCAGAGGAUAGGUUAAUCAAUAUGAAUUUAUCAAUUAAUUAUUCAAUGAAUAAAUCAACCAAUUGAUCGAUUUGACUAACCUACCAACAGACCGACCAACAAAGCAACUGACCGACCAACACCGAUCACCCAAACUACGAAUUGACGACUCUGGUCGAACAAUCAACCACCCAACCAACCAACUGACAGAUCGACAGACAGGCAAACCAAUCUAUAAAUGACUGACCAACCAUCUAAUUAACUAAUGAAUGAAUGAAUGAAUCAAUGAAUCAAUCAAUCAAUCUAAAAGUAUAAUAUACACAAUCUGCUUUUUUUUUUUACAGUAUCUGUACUUGAAAUUGUAAUAAUGCAAGGUACUUUAAUAAAGGAAUUCAAUACAAUAGAAUGUAGGAUAUACAACCUAUGUGGUAGUGGUACGUGGUAUAAUAUUAUUAUUAAUUGAUUAUACAUUUAUUGGCCUAAUUAUAAUUUUAUUUGAUUUCCUUCAAAUACAACUUUGUAGUUUCCUUUUGACGAGGGCACUAUAUUUUCAUCUUGGUGUUUGAUAUCAUUAGUUAAAUAUAAUUUUGGUUUUUUUUAAAUCUAAUAAA